GAAAUGUAACGGGACACUCACCAUGAGAUGUGUUGUGUGAUGUCACAGGAAACCCACACACACACACUGCUCUGCUAGGGGCCCCAACAGCUCAUCCUACAACACAUCUCUCAGUAUACACUACACAUUACACAGCGGAGAACCGAGCAAACGAGCUGAAACAGUCAUUUUAUUUGGAUAUGAAAAGACCAAGAAAAGGAACCAUGUUUAGAUGUUGGAUUACCUCAUUUUUCUUACUGUCCACCACCUCUGAGUUUGUGGUGGUUCUCUCAGAGAAUAGCACUGAAGGUACGGCGCAAAAGGCCCAUCAUGAUAUAGAUUUUACUCGUCACAAUAUUUUGACUGCCCAGUUUGAAUGUUACCAGAGGAUUAUGAAAGACACCAAUCACAACAGAACAGAUGGUUCCACGUGUAAACGGACCUGGGAUGGGUGGAUGUGUUGGGAAGAAAUAGAACGAGGGUAUACAUCAGCCCAGCACUGUCCAGGCUAUUAUGAUAACUUUGACACGUCAGAAAUGGCAACAAAGAUUUGCACCAAUUCAAGUAAAUGGUUUGUUCACCCAGAUAGUAACAGAACAUGGACAAAUUAUACGGGAUGUACAAAAAUAUCUAAUGAUCACAAGAAGACAGCAAUUAAUCUCUACUACUUGGCUAUGAUUGGUCAUGGAUUGUCCCUGAUAUCUUUGUUCAUUUCUCUGGGGAUAUUUUUCUAUUUUAAAAGCUUAAGUUGCCAAAGGAUAACCCUACAUAAGAAUCUCUUCUUUUCCUUUGUGCUGAAUUCCAUAAUAACUAUUGUCUAUCUAUCGUGUGUUGCCAACAACCAAGAAGUAACACAAGCAAACCCAGUCAGCUGUAAGGUGUCUGUGUUCAUCCAUCAUUAUCUUCUGGGCUGUAACUACUUCUGGAUGUUGUGUGAAGGCAUUUAUCUGCACACACUCAUUGUAGUGGCCGUCUUUGCUGAGAAACAGCAUCUCAUGUGGUAUUACCUUUUAGGAUGGGGUUUCCCAUUAAUACCGGCGUUUAUUCAUGCAAUAGCCAGGAGUUAUUACUACAAUGACAACUGUUGGAUCAGUUCAAACACGGCUCUGCUCUACAUUAUACACGGGCCCAUUUGUGCAGCACUGUUGAUCAAUCUCUUCUUCCUUUUAAACAUUGUGAGAGUGCUGAUCACCAAGCUGAAGGUGACCCAUCAGGCAGAAUCCAGUCUGUACAUGAGGGCCGUGAGGGCCACUCUCAUCCUGGUACCUCUGCUGGGCAUUCAGCAAUUGCUUCUGCCAUACAAACCCGAUGGAGGGCUUGCCUCUGAGAUAUUUAUGCACGCGAUGAACAUACUGAUGCAUUACCAGGGCCUCUUGGUCGCCACUAUAUUUUGCUUUUUUAAUAGUGAGGUGCAGAGUGUGUUAAGACGGCAUUGGAACCAGUACAGAAUCCAGUUUGGCAGCACUUUUGCGAACACGGAUGCGUUGCGUUCUGCAUCCUACGCCGCUUCCUCCAUGACGGAAGUUCAUCGUUGUUACAGCAUUGACAGCCACAUGGACACGCUGAACGGCAAGAGCUUUCACAAUCUGGAGACCACCAUUCUCAGAUCAGACAACCUGUACAUGUGAGAGACCUUAAGGAUGAGGACAACCGACAUGUGUACUGAAUGGAGCUUAGGCCUACUAGAAAUACAUCUGGAUUUCUACCGACUACAUGGACAUUGAGGAGCAUUACACUCAUUCCUGAUAUUAAACAGCUCCUUUUACGGAUGGAAUUAUCAGUUUAUGUUUUUCACUGGAGAAAGUACUGUUUUUAUAAGGAAUAUGAGCAAUUUCCUCCCGGAUCGCAGUGGAGCUCCGUGCAGGAAGUUCUCGCCUGAAGACUUUAUUCCUUAUUCUUCAGAGGACCCAGACUGAUUCUGUGUUGUUUAAGGGACGUCGACGCAGGUUUCUGUGCCACUGCUCAAACAAAAUGGCUUCCAGCUUGAACAGGGAAUGAUAAAGCACCAAAGAAAACCCAGAAUCUGUGGAUUAUGCUGGUUUAGUGAGCAUGUUAUCAAACAAUGGAUGACAUGAUCUGAUUCCAGAAGAUACUGAUGACAUUGUCCUGCACUUCAUGAAAGUUCAUCUUGUUGUUUGUUUGAUUCUCUCUCUCACUUUCUCUCUCUCUCUCUCUCUCUCUCUCUCUCUCUCUCUCUCUCUCUCUCUCUCUCUCUCUCUCUCUCUCUCUCUCUCUCUCUCUCUCUCUCUCUCUCUCUCUCUCUCUCUCCCUCUGUUUGUGUGUGUGUGUGUGUGUGUGUGUGUGCAUACCUGGAAAUCCCUACAGUGUUGUUCCCGCAUAGACGGGUAUACAAGUCAUUUUUUUACCUUGUGGCAUUUUGGUCCCCAUGCGGAAACAAGCUUAUAAAUGUACCAGAAUUAUAAUUUUUUUAUCUUAAAUAGCAAAAAGUUUUCUGUAAGGGUUAUUGUUGGUUUAGGGGUCAGGUAAUUGAAGGGGAUAGAAUAUGUAGCAAUAGCCAAAAAUACAUUGUAUGGGUCAAAAUUAGGGAUGUACCGAUAGGAUUUUUUUGGGCCGAUACCGAUUUAAACAGACAACUUCUGGCCGAUACCGAUAUUAAACACUUGUAUACAAUACUAUACAGUUGGUCUAUUAGCUAGUUUAUUUCUGCAUCAAAUUAUUUUUACUGAACAUGGAUUGGAUCUAAUUAACAUUCAACUGACCAAAAUAAUAAGAGGCACAAAUUAAGCUAAAACAAAUAUAAUAAGACAGCAUGACAACAUUCAAAGGUGGUUUUAGCUAUUCAGCAUUUAUUUUAUUCACAACAUUAACUCUUUUUUUUUACAUAUAAUGGAUUUCUUUAUGCAGUUAAUUAAUAAACAAUCGGUAUUGGCCUUUCUCGUGCUAUUGCCGAUAUGCCGAUGGUUUCAAAUUCAUCAAAAAUCGGCCGAUAAAUAUCGGCGGCCGAUACAUCGGUGCAUCACUAGUCAAAAUGAUUUUUAUGCCAAAAAUCAUUAGAAUAUUAAGUAAAGAUCAAAUAUUUUGUACAUUUCCUACAAUAAAUAUAUAAAAAAUGCAUUUAUCAUUAGUAAUAUGUGUUCCUAAGGACUUCAUUUUGACUACUUUUGAUUCUUUGCACCCUUAGUUUCCAGAUUUUCAAAUAGUUGUAUCUCAUAUUGUCCUAUCCUAACAAACCGUACAUCAACGGAAAGCUCAUUUAUUCAGCUUUCAGAUAAUAUAAAUCUCAGGGCCACAUAUACAGUUUGUACAGUAUAAAAGUCAUUACAUCCAUGGCAUGUCCCCAUGUAAAAUGUGUGUGUGUGUGUGUUUGUGUGCACGUGUUUGAUUUAAAGAAACUACAAACGAUUCACUGUCAACAUAAAUUUCUCUGCUAAAAGGCCUAUGUUGUAUUUGAAUAGUUUGGUUCCAAAAUGCGAUAAGGUCAGUAUUAAAAAGUAAAUUCUUCAUUUUUACGCAAAAUCCGAUAUCCGCCGUGCUAUUCUGUCAUAUUUUCUCCGUUUUUUCCAAACUGCGACAAACGGCAGUCCUCCUUCUCUGCAGAAUGCAAUAAAUCCGCUUAACAAAUCACAGCGCACCAUUCCACGCAUUGUAUACAAUAAUGGCGGUGCGUUGAAUACACACAAAAUCCUAGUUUUCCUUAUCUACUUUGUACUUCGUGAUCAAGAAACAAACACAAACAAAAUAGUAAUUUUGAUGGCAUUGAUAAACCUGUGGUGGCUUUCUGUAGCGGAGAAGAAACAUAAGCUAUCAAAAUCGAAUAAUUUACGUAAGAGGCACUCGGCCGAAGGGAAAAUGCCAGCUGUUGUUUGUUCUCCCGACAGCAUCAAGCUUCUGUCAUGCUAACACAUUGACCCCAGUGGAUCUUAUAAAAAAUUUUCAUUAUUUUACUCGAAGUCAACGAAAAUUGAGCAGGACCAAAACAUUUUACAGCUGAUCGCUAUCAAAAAAGUUCAGCAAUGAAGUCACAACGAUGACAGCAACAAUGACAGUGUUCUUAAUAUGACAAAGUAAGUGUUUUGAUUAAUGCCGUUAAUGUUUUUUUUAUCAGUGUAUACCACUAGUCAACUAAAUAAAUAUAACAUGGCAAAGAUGAAUGCACAUUUAUAUAUUGAUUCAAUAGAUUUAUAGCAUAAAAAAAACUUGGCAUGGUUUUAUUGCAUUUUGCGGAAAAAAAAUAAUCCGACCGUUUUUAUAAUAAAUCUUUGAAAAUCAAAUUAUGGAUUAGAAUUUUUAAUGUUAUUAUAACCUAAAGAUGCUAUGUGAAAGUUUGUAACAAAAUAAAUAGUUUUUAUCUUGUCACUUUCUUGGUAUAGAAAACACAUUUUUACCAAAAUGAGUCAAAAUGGAUUUGUUGCGUUUUGGAACCAAACGCUUCAUUUUGAGAGAUUGUCAGUGCCGAAUCAGCUUUUUGGAAGCACCAUUGGUCAACCCACUUAAAGGUAAAGUUCUCCCAAAAAUGAAAAAUCAUUUUUUUUAUUCACCCUCAUGUCUAAAUGUGAACCCAAGUGCAGAUUUUAAAAAAGUGUUGCUUCCCUUUUAGUGUACUCAACUGUUGUAACAACUGAACCAACAGUAAUAUCCACAGCAAGAAAGAAGAGGUGUAAUUGUCUUCAAGGCACUUUUAAAAUAUAUGACACAAGUCGAGUGAUGUUAUUAAUUUUUGGGUCACUUUGAAGCUUGAAGGGUUUUCUGGUUACCAUGGGAGUGGAUGGUGACCACCUCAGUCACCAUUCACUCCCAUAGGAACCAAAAAACCCCAAACAACACUUUUUAAAAAAUAUCUGCCUUUGGGUUCUUAUUCAUUAGUGGUUUAAACAACAUGAGGUUGAGAAAGUUUUAAUUUAUGGUUCACCAGGUAGACCAGUACUGGGCCAGAAUGGAAACAUUCUUAUUGUUUAAUUUAUCUGUAGUUGAAUAUUGGUAUAGAGCUCAUACAGUAUAUGAGUUUUGUUUGGGGGAACAGAUCUACAAACACAGAUUUGGUCUCAUUCAACAGUGUCUCUAUGUCUGGAACAUAUAGAUGCGUUUGUCGCUUCAUCACUGUUGUCUAUGUGCACAUGCUGGAUAAAUAUACAUUCAUAUUUUGAGAUGUAAAUACAUUCAUACGUAUUAAUAAGUGUGCUAUGAAUGUUUGUGUUGUAUAUAAAUAUAUUUAUAAACGUUCUUAUGUUCAUUACCAAUUCAUUCAGUAGGGCAUCUUCAACUUUGAGCUUCCAGAUCAUCAUGUGUUAAUGCAGAAAUGUCAUAAUAUUUUCUACACUGAUUAUUGUGAGUCAAAAUGGCAACUACUCAGAUGUACCACUACCACCCUUCAAUUCUGUAAAAAUUGUAAUUCUUUGUUUAUUUUAUUUUAUUGUAAAGUAUAUGUUUGUGUCACUGUAGUUGCGAGUUGGUGGAAGUAUAAGCACUUGAAAGACAAAUACAGAUUUUCAACAUCUUACAA